AAAUAUCCCAACGUUGGCUCGUAACCGCAGCGGCGCCAUCGUCCCGGCCCUAGUCGUUACGUUCGGAGCGGGCGCCGCGCAUGCGCGCUGGCCGCUAUUAAAAAAUGAAUUCCUGGUUCCCGCACUGUGAGCCGUACGUCGGUGGCAGCGGCUGCGUUGGUGGCGCGCGCCAGACGGACCCGCCCGACAGAGCGCCAGCGCCAGCCGCAGCGCAGUGCCGGGGCCGGGCCGGAGCCGGGUGUGGUCGUGCAGUGCAGUGCAGUGCGUGCAGUGAGCUGCUGAUGCGGUGAGCCGCCAUGCGUCGCGCGGGCUGGUAGCGGCCGCGGCAUGGCGCGCCGCGCCACUCGCGCCCGCGCCAGCUCCUCACACACACCAUGAGCGACCUGCAGGCCACCUUCGAGUUCUCUGUCGAACUCUACAAGUUCUACAAUGUCGACCUCUUUCAGAGAGGACUUUAUCAAGUGCGCGUGGGGCUCCGUGUAUCGCCGAAGGUACCGGUGCACAUCGAGGCAUCAGUGUCGAGUGGCAAUGGGGCCGCGCGCACCGGCCGCCCGGCCGCCAACGCGUCCCUGGUCGGAGGGCUGGCUGCCUCCCGGGCCUUCCAGAUCAUGUACCGCAACGAGGAGGUCACGCUGCGAGACAUCGUGCAUUUUAGAGCUCAUCUUUUAGUGGACAGUAGGAAUCUGAAGGAGUCUCUGGAGAGGGCGGAGUGGAGUCUUGGGGUGGAGUUGUGGUGCAGCGAGGGUGCGCAGUCCAGUACCCUGGCGCCCAUGUCCUGUCGGGUGCUGAAGCUGCACUUCCAACCCUCCCAAGGCCUCCACUACCACCUGCCAGUGCUAUUCGACUACUUCCACCUGUCCUCCGUCUCCAUCACCAUCCAUGCGAGCCUAGUUGCUUUACAUCAGCCUUAUAUCAAGAAAAGUAUAAUGCAUUAUGUGCAAAGCUGCACACCACGCUCAAGUAAACAAUGGGGUAAAUUGAUGAAGAGCGCUGGAUCAUUCAAUACCUCAGGCAGCUUCGAGAAUGUUCUAUUCGGAUCCACCGGCAAAUGCGCCGGAGGGAACUCUAGCAAGAUUGCGCAUGCAAGGCAAGUCCACGCCGAAGUAUGCGGAAUCCUGCUAGGGUCACUGGAGGGCCUGCAGAGUGCACUGGCUAUGUGUGGCUCCCCUGGUAUCCUGCUUACUCCUGAGGAGUCCUCCUCCAAUUCCGUCGUCGGAGAAGUCGCGCAGAGACUAAAGGAUCUUAGUGACUUCGGCAAGAAGUUGGAGAAGUCAGAAUGCGGCGAGGAGGAGGAGUGGGCGAUGAGCGCGGCGCACGACAUCGCGCGGCUGUGCGCGGAGGUGACGCUGCGCUGGCGCGCCUUCCUGCACCACGCCUCCGACCGCCCGCACGUGCACCACGCGCUCGCUGCCAGGCAUCAUGCGCUGCGUAUAAAGCGGUUCUCGGAGUGCUUCUUCGUGCUGGACAACCCUCGGCACUCGCUGGCGGGAUGCUACGACAGCAACUACCAGUCGUACCAGAGUGUGGGCGAGGCGGCGCGCCGCUCGCGGUACCUGGCGCUGCUGCCGCCGCUGCCCGUGCACUGCAUCGCGCUCGACGGGGACCCACACAUCAUGCCCAUCAUAUUCGAGGACAGAUAUCAAGACACAGCAGAAUUCGCGCGACGUCGUUCAUUUCUGAAUUCAAGUGCAAGCAAAUCCGGAAGCGAUCCCUUCCUAUGUUCGGAGCCCCUUGGAGAUGACUGUGCAUGUAGUGUCAGUUCACUCAUGGACUCCAGAAGACCAUCUUCCGAAGCCUCCAGAGUCACCCUCACAUUGCCUAAAACAGUCAUGAAGCUUUGUGAACCAAAGUUUAACACACCCAAGUCCGGUUCUGGUGUCGUUUCAGCAUCUUUAACAUUAGCUCCCCAAAAAUCAGCUCACGGAUCCCCCAAACGAGCCUUAGUCAAACAAAAUAUUGUCGAACUACCCAAGGCACAUAAUAAACAACUUGAGCUCACCGGACGAAAUAGAUACAUUGUGCAAAACAACCUCAUCAGCGAGAUCCAACUGCCACCAAACAACGCGUUCGCUUCUUGCACGAUACAACAAGGACAGACGAUGUCGCGAUAUUCUGCAUCUACCUUGCUUGACAUUAAUACUAAAAGUGCUUCUAACGUGUCGCACCUAGGCAAGGAGCAAUCUGAACCAGGACUUGAAGUAUUUCGGCAAAAACACGAAAUCACUAGCGGGGUGAGCACUCUACCAGCUAGACACAGCAAGUCACUGGAUCAACUGCGAGUGUCUCAACUAGCACCGCUUAAUACUACGCAAACUUUGACUAAGAAUGUGAGAAACGGUUCUAAUUCGUCCGUUAACUAUCCAAAACCGUACCUACCACCGCAACAAGUAAAGCCUACCACAUUGCCAAGGAGUGUUACAACUAGUGCUUACCCAACAAGUACAACGACUAGAUGCAGUUCCAAAGGAGAUGACUAUAGAAGAAAUAUAAGUGAAUUUAGAGAAAAAUACAAAAAUCCUUGUAUCAAGAAAGUUGGACAUGGAAUGAACAAUGAAGUGUUUCAUAAUGUAGGCUAUAAGUACGACGGAGUGAUGAAACAGAAUCCUAACCAAGUGUACGGCUAUACUUUCGGAAAUCAGGGUAAUCUGCAAGUAAACAAUGUUAUUCGUAAUCCGUUAGAGUUUCAAAGAGGCUACAGUGUAAAUUUACCCCGUCCUAUGUUGCCUCCACGUAAUUCUUACCCACCGGUUAGUGGUAAAAAUCAAGUGACUGAUCAAAAUAACUUAGUUUCUAAUAAACACGUACAUAGAUCAAAUUCUACGCAUGUGUUUCAUCAAAAAGCGGAAAAUCAACAAAUUGACAUUGAAGCUGCUCGUAAUCAACUUCGGCAUGAGCUCAACUACUACUUACAGAAAGGUGAUUGGAGUUAUGAUUUCAAUACAGGAAGUUUAAUUCAAAAUUACCAAAAGAAAUCUAGUAAAAGUAGUGAUGACAGUGGAUUUGUGAUGACUUUAGAUAGAAGCAGCGAUGGAACAUCUAAAUCAACAUAUUCAAAAACUCCGCCGUCUACUCCACACUCAACGAUGCCAUCAGUAAGGCAUAAAAAGAGCCGAUCGAAAGAGUCAAAACUAAAUAAUAGUGGAAAAGAAAAUACUAAAAUCAACUCAAGCAGAGAUUCACUGAGCAGUCACCAUUCAAUAAAAUCUCGAGAUAGUAAAUCCGAUCGUCACACAUCAAAAUCUGAACGAAGCACUCCAAAAUCUGAUCGUGCUACACCACGGUCUGGCAAGUCUACGCCCAAAUCCGGUGGGUAUACCCCAAAGUCAGGUUUAGCGACACCUAAAUCUGGUAGAGCUACUCCAAAAUCUGGUGCUACGACACCAAAAAGUGGUAGGUCGAGUGGAAAACCAGAAAAACGUACGAAACACAAACCCUCAGAAAAGAUGACACAGUUGAUGUCGGAAGCUGCAUCGUCGUCCAGUAACGAAAGUAUACCCUUCGAGUUGAGAAGAUUAGAAUCUUCUACCAGUGUCCCUUAUAGCCUCGAUCACGGGCCCGAAUUAUUACGACAUUGUAGAAGUGCGGCAUCUGUUUUAGAUGAACCAAACUUAAAUAAUACAUUCGGAUCCGAAUCUUUACCUAAUUUAGCCCCACCACCAGCAUUCGAAUCACCUCCACUUGAUAUAGCCGAUAAAGAUUUUAAAAUAUUACCUCCCAAAAACUUCCUGAAUAAUGAAGAAAAACGUCGGAGAAGCACAUCCACUUCAAGUUUAAGUGAACAAAGUGGCUGGGUCUCUAGUGGCCGCAGUUCAGGUCCUUCGUCUCCAGAUAAUGCAAGUUGUCAAUUAAAUCAGAAUUUCGUAGCUACGAAACCAACAUCAUCAAAAUCAUCUAGUAAAAACUAUGAAGAAACUGGUGAAAUUGGAAAGCACGAUGGUGAAACUAUCAGUGAUUUCAAACGAACAGUCCUUAACGGAGAUCAGCUUCGAGAACGACUUUUAAAGUUAGCCGUGAAAGUGGCUCAAAACACUUCGAACGAGAAAAUAGAAUGCUGUGAUAAGGAAGUGUGUGAAGAAUGCACUAUCUGUAGCGACUCUAUAUGCACAGAUAGCCAGUGCGAAUAUAAUAAAUUGGUACACAGUAAUGGCAUCGACGCGGGUUGCAACUCAGACACUUGUACUGCAAGUUGUUUUCAGCAAAUAGCAGAAGCUAACGCAAUCAAAGGAAAUCAAAGACAUAAUUCAUUUAGUGCUGUGCAAGGGAAGACCUACAGCUCCUCCUCUAAAAGUCUAAAUGAAGGAACGGUGAAAAAAUCGCAAACAAUGAGUGAUAAUUUACAUCCUUACAUUAGGAAAGAAAUUCCACAGAAAGCACCGCCGGCACCGGCGAAAUCUCAGUCGCUGGAUAAAACUAAAUUAAAAGACAGAAUACAGUAUACGGAGAAAUUAAUAGCGGCUGAGAUACGAAGCUUGACGGUAGACCGGUCUUGCGUCAAAACCGGGAGCCAUAAGAAAGGCAGUUCUAGUUCAGGGCAGAAAUACUCGAAUAAAGCUAAAUCUGAGAUUGACUUAGCCCACUUCAUGGGCGACAAUGAUUACGAACAUUUACCUCCCCCACAACAGUUCAGAGAUGCUCCGCCUCCUCCAGAUGAAUUUAAGGAUCCACCAUCAAAAUCUCCGAAGCUGAGCAGACAAAGCAGCAAGUCGUCGACUCCUUCGAAGACGCCCAGGAAGCAACAAGCACAGGCUUCCUCGCUUCAGUUGGACAAUCCUUUAUAUCACGUAUGUGAGGGUAUAAUGGAGAGGCGGAAGCUUAGGCCCCAUCAGUCCGUAAACUCCGGCAGCGCGCCCUCUGCCGGCACGCUUAAUAAAAGUCAGAGCACUGGGGAGUUGGCGAGCAGAAACGAUACCGAGCAAAGAGAAAGUAACCUCGUCAGUAUAUUCGGUCUGGCCGAAUCUGAGAGGUUAUUCGUGAAAUGCAGAGAGGAGUUCAGGCAAAGCGUGAAGUACCCGGGAGCUAUCUACUCGGACUUCCCUCCGGUCGAGAACUCUCUACCUUACUUCCAUAUUAGCGACGAGUAUAGAAUGUUUAACCCUGAGGGGUUGCACCUAAUAAUCUGCGUUCACGGCUUAGACGGCAACGCGGCGGAUCUCCGCCUCGUGAAGACUUACCUGGAACUAGGUCUGCCUGGGGCAAGACUAGACUUCCUCAUGUCGGAGAGAAACCAAGGCGACACUUUCUCCGACUUUGACACGAUGACAGAUAGAUUAGUGCAAGAGAUUUUGACUCACAUCCAAAAUUCGAGUGACCCAGCUCGAAUAAGUUUCGUGGGUCACUCUCUGGGCACGAUCAUCAUUCGCUCGGCAUUGGCCAGGCCGCAGAUGAAGCCGUAUCUCUCCAAACUGCACACCUUCCUGUCACUCAGUGGACCUCAUCUAGGGACUCUGUAUAACUCUAGUGGACUGGUCAACGCUGGCAUGUGGUUCAUGCAGAAGUGGAAGAAGUCGGGCUCUCUGCUACAGCUGUCCCUCCGCGACGCGUCCGACCCUCGGAGGUCGUUCCUGUACCGGCUGAGUGAGAGGAGUCAGCUGCACCAGUUCAAACAUAUCCUGCUGUGUGGCUCCGGACAAGACCGAUACGUUCCACUGCACUCCGCAAGAUUGGAGCUCUGCAAGGCCGCGGCUAAAGACACGUCGCUACUGGGACAAGCCUACAGGGAGAUGGUGCACAACAUGGUGUCCCCGCUGGCGCGCGCGGCGGGCGCGGGCGGCGGCGCGGCGGUGGUGCGGUACGAGGUGCAGCACGCGCUGCCGCACACGGCCAGCGCGCUCGUCGGCCGCGCCGCGCACAUCGCCGCGCUCGACUCCGACCUCUUCAUCGAGAAGUUCCUGCUCGUCUCCGCGCUCAAAUACUUCCGAUAAUCCAACUAAUCUAACUACCGUCUCUACUACCCCCAGCCCACACCCCUAAUUGGUACCUUACGUUUAACGAGAUCGAGACGUUAUCGCGUUUAGCCCUCUGAUUGGUUACUUCAUUGAAGCAGGCCAAUCACAGCGCCGAACGCAUUAACGUUUCAGUCUCGUUAAACGUAAAACAAACAAAACAAGUACCUAUGACAUCGAUACUUCCGAUAGUACUAUUUCUGCUGCUACCACAUUACUCAGCUCUCUAUAAACGUUUCUUCCAUAUUCAAUUUGCCCCAAUUUAAUACCAACUGCUGCUUAACACAAUUUGCAUAAAUUGAUGUUUUUUAUGAAAUUAGUUACUUAACCAGAUUAUUAAAUAUAUUUUCAGGUAACUUAGAAUUCAGUAUAAAAUCUAAUUCUAGUAAAAACUAACACAAUCAGUUAAAUGUCGUACCUAUCGUUCCCCUGGUGAGUUAUUCAUAAUAGUUAAAACAGACGUCAAUAAAAUAUCAGUAAAUUCCGUCGAUCGAGACUCCGUCAUGCAUGUGGCAAAUGUAGUACAACUAGCCAUGAGCCAUAAGGCAACCACAUGUGGUAAAUAGCUGAAGGAGUGUCAUAUGAAUACCUACUAAAGACAAGCAUUUAAGCUACCUAAAUUACAAUUCUGUGAAGCUACUGACACUUAGCCACACAUAGGUAGGUACCUAAUAAAUGAUAUAUAGAGGUACGUUUUGAAAUACUUGUACCCAUAUCAUUAGAACUUGAAAUGGGAUAUUUACCAUGUUUAUUAAUUUCUAUGAGUUUCGGAUAUUUCGGCACUAUUGCAAGCGCCAUGAUACUGAUCGAAACUCAUAGAAAUUAAUUAACAUAGUAAAUAAUAUACCGUUUCAAGUUUUAAUGAUAUUAUGAGUGACGUGUCAGUCAGUCAAAUGUGCUAUAUAAUCAGAGAAACCUUUACAAUACUUAAACUUGUUUUAUAUAAUUUAUGUUGUUUUUUAACUGUAAGUACCAACUUCCAUUAUCAGAUCUUUGUUUCAUUCGACAAGUAAUAUGCAUUUCAAUGAAAUUCGCAUUUGGUUGGCAUUUAAAUUUUCUGGACUUUGAACAUUAUUAAUCAAUGAUUUCGGAUUUGGCUGCCUUUUUUAUCUACCUUAGAAAGGGAAUGAAAUGUUUUUGAUAAUAACAUGUGUAAUCUAUAAUUACAAAUACCUAGGUCAAAGAAAUAACACCGAUAUGGCGACUUAAAAGUCUCACUUACAAAAAUAUAUUUCAAUCCAAAAAUGCUAUAGUAAACUAUUUCAUUUCAGUUCGGUAUGGUGUUAUAAAAAUGGGUAUUUUGGGUUUGUAUUACCUAGAGCUUGAAUUUCUUCCAGGCAUUAUGUCUGUAUCUAGUCUCCUUCUAUGCUGAUCACCUUGAAACGACGCCCUUAUACCACGGACUUCUCCCGAGACCUACAGGAUUUUCGAAACUAUAAAUAGACUUGGUGACGGCGUGAUAAUUCGUAGUAUCUGAAACGUAGUGAUUUUAUGAACUAUGUUGAGGGUUAACUUACUUAAUCAAAAAUUUUAAAUAUUUAAGUAGGUUUUAAGAUGGAUCUUUACACCAAUUAAUUAAGACUAAGUAUAAUUUUAGCGAAUGUAGAUACUAUAGGUAGAUGUUUUUUGUGUUACGGUUCGACAUUAUUAUGAACGGUACCUACCACUUUAUUAAAUCUGAUUGUUUGCUAUGGAUGUACCUGAUACUAUUCAAAUUACCAUCUAAUUGUAUCCGACACGUUAAAAAGAUAUAAAUAAUGUAUUUGUGAAGUUGAACACACCUAAUGUUAUUUUACAUCCAUAGUAAACAAAUGAUGAUCUCUCUAUCCUUGUUUCUCCUCCACUUCUUAGGCCCAUUAUAAAAAAUCUAAGCACUUUGUAAUAUUAAUUAUUUUCUACUUUACUUCAAUUGUAAAUAUGGGUCUGAUUGUGUGUAUGACUAUGUAAACCCUGUCUACCUACCUAAUGAAAUCAAUUAUCUAAUGUUGCACAAAGGGUUUUAAGAAUAAUUAUUAAUAAGAUAUCUAAUUCCAGAGUUUUAUUGGUCACCACAAUUAUUUUUACUAUUGUCGAGCAGGAGAACGAAUCAACAAGCCCGUAGCCUUAACGUAAACAAAAAAAUAUAUAAACUACUUAACGUUAGAUGAAAGUUGUAAAUCUUUAACGAAUGUUAGACUGAUAUUUAAAAAUAUACUGACACAGACAUUUAUAUUAUAUAUGUAUAAUAAGUUUCAUAGACUAUCUUUUCUUAUAAAUUGGUACUUACUAGUGAAUAUUUUUGUUAAGAAAAGUUAAUAAUCUUGCUCUGUCCACUUAUGUUAUUCUGUAGAUAAAAUACUUUAUACAGGGCUUGGAUUAUUGAUUUAUUAUAAUUAUUCGACGCAUUAGUGUACCACUGAGAUAGUAACUGUAGGUAGGUGAUACCUCUUUAUUGCUCACAGGCAUGCUUGGAGGAAAGGACAACGUUUCAGUUUCUUUGGAACUGUCAAUCUUUAAAAGGUUAAUUAAAAUUAUAUAAUUACAAAGCACUGUUGAGACAUGUUAUCAAAUUUCUAUAAACGUUAUUGAAAAUACAGAAAUAAGCAGGUGAGAAGUACAGAUGCUCCCACAAACCGGUUUAAAAAUAUUUACAAACAUAAAGACAUAUUUUCAUAAAACAUUAAAUCACAAUAAUACAAUUGAUUCACAUGUUUAAUAAUGUUUGUAAAUUUUCUGAGCAGUAGUAUGGGAGCCCUCUGAACGAUCAAUAACUCUCAAGUAUUCGUCUCUCGACGUUUGUAUAGCCCUCCCUACCACAAAUGUAAAGCUUCGUAUGUAUAGUUAUAAUACCUACUUAUGUAUACUUCAUUUAAAGUUCUAUUGAAACUGGCGCCUUUGUCGUAACCCUUUAUUUAAUGCAGAUUAUUAAAUACUUAUCUAGGUGUGUAUCAAAAACAUCUCGAAUGAAUUUUGUAAAUAUUAUAAAAAAAAAUAUUUGUAAAUCGUAUGUUUAAUGGCAAUGUGUCGAUGUUAUACACUUAUGAUAAUAAAUAAAUAACGCCUGAAA